AUGGACGACUUCAAGAUAUACUACUACGCCUCAGCUGGUGCAGGAAUUGCCGGAAUCCUUAGCCAUCUGGUCUACUUCAUCCGCGGCGAGCACCAUCAAUAUGCCCAUCGCUGGAUCACACGGGCUCUUGCGGGCACCGCCGCAGUUGCCAUUGCCACUCUGCGCUUGACAGACUGGCAGCCUCUCCUGAGUCUUAUCCUGACAGCCCUUAUCUCAACAUCUUACUUCCUGGGGCUGUAUUCCAGCAUCGGCAUCUAUCGUGUCUUCUUCCAUCCGCUACGGCGCUUCAAAGGCCCGUUCUGGGCGCGCGCGUCGAAUCUUUACCAUAUGUACAUCAUUCGCAAGUCGGAUAAUUACCUUGUAAUGAAGAAGAUGCAUGAGAAGUAUGGACCGAUAAUUCGCACUGGACCGGCAAACCUCUCAGUCAACGAUCCAGCGGCAAUCCCCCUUGUUUUGAGCGACCGCGCAACGUGCGUGAAGGGCCCAUGGUACGACCGCUCUUUGCCCUUGGUAAAUCUGCACACCGUUCGUGACAAGCGGGUGCACGAUGCGCGCAGGAAGGUCUUCACCAAGGCGUUCACACCGUCAGCGCUGCGCGAGUACGAGGAGCGAGUGGCAGUGCACUGCGAGGAGUUCGUCCGACAGAUGACGCGGCUGAGCGGGAAGCCGUUUGACGCAUCAGAGUGGUUCAAGUAUUUUGCAUUUGACGUGAUGGGUGACCUAGGGCUCGGCCGCGAGUUCCAUAUGAUGACCUCGGAGACGAACCGGUGGAUUCCGACCCUUCUCGAGACAAGCAUGGCCCAUGUCGGCCCUACAAGUCCUGUUCCAUGGAUGGCGCCGAUCCUCCAUAAUCUUCCUUGGGCAGGACGUGGUGCAAGAGCAUGGCUUGAGUUCGUGGGCUCGCAGGUCAAGGAGCGGACUCAGAAGAAGUCGGACAGACGCGAUCAGAUCCUCUCCCACCUCGUCGAGGCAUACAACCAGUCUGAGAAAAAGAACAUUGACUACCAGUGGCUCCGCGGCGACACCAGACUGACCAUCGUUGGCGGCUCCGACACCACCGCCGCCACGCUGACGUUCCUCUUCUACCACCUGGCCCAAAACCCGUCGCAUGUAGACAAGCUGCGCGCAGAGCUCGAGCCCCUGCUAAACGGCCAGCCGCGGUUGGAUCCCAAAGACGUCUCGAAGGCGCAACAUCUCAACGGGGUCAUCCAGGAAACCCUGCGUCUCCAUCCAGCGAUCCCCUCUGGAUUCCCGCGGACGACGCCGCCAGAGGGUAUCACCAUCAACGGAACGUAUAUCCCUGGAGGCACAACCAUUGUGAUCCCGGUGUAUGCUUUGCAGCAUGACGAGGCAAACUACACUCAUGCGGAGGAGUUUAUCCCCGAGCGGUGGUACUCGCGGCCAGAGUUGAUCAAGAACCGGGACGCUUUCCUGACCUGGAAUAUUGGUACAAAUGGGUGUAUUGGUCGGGCGCUGGCUCUGACGGAGAUGCGGAACCUCGUUACCUACUUCAUCCACCAUUUCUCCAGGGUGAAGUUUGCGCAUGGAGAGGAUGGCAAGGCGCUGUUGACCGAGACGAAGGAUCACUUUACCGUGGGGGUCAAGCCGUUGCGGUUGAUCUUUGAGAAAUAG